AUGUUAUACAAACGACCAGCGGAAGAUGAACUCGAAAAGGAAGGAAAAGGAAAAAAGGCUAGAUCAUCAAUAAACAUUGAACAAUCUGAGCCAGAAAUCCCAGUCGAAUUGAUCAAUAGUUCCCAAAAGUCUCAGGUGUCAAGCGUUCCAUUCUUGGACGUUGCUUAUGACGAUAGUGAAUACGACAGCACGUACAGAGACAGUCAAUCAUUAAAAGAAUCAGAAAGCUCUUCCUACAGCAUUAAAGGCUACAUAUGGACUUUGACUUUAAGCGAGUUAGAUAUUGUAUUUUUUGGCAAAAAGGAAAUGACAACAACCAAUCUACUCAUAAAGACAAAAUACGACAAUACGCAUAUCGAGGCAAUGAAUAAAACCAUCAAACCAACUGACAUGGAUAGACGGCUUUCUCUUUCUGCUUUGUUUGAUUGCUUCAAACCAACGAAGGUAUUAGAACAGUACGUAGGCCCUGUUUCAAAACUGCCACACAGCAUAAUCAGCUGCAUCAAGGCAAUGGAAAAAUCCAUGGAUAACGACGAAGUAAUGGAAAUAGGAGGAGAUAAAAUUAUCAAGUGUAUGGCAUUCGAGAAUGUUGGAGGUGCUAUGCCUAUCUUUUCUUUUGCCUUUGGUUCUGUGUUCGUUGGACAUGCUGUUUUGAAUUGGGUUUUCCAUAUAGUAGCCCAUCUCGAUGAGUUGUAUACAGGGAUUUUACGACUUGGGGCAAUCAACACACCCAAAGCAUCUGUCGACCUUGCUCGAACCAGGGUGCUUGAGACUUGCAAGAGACAGUUGCAUCUAAUGUUGAAGGUUGCCAAAUCAUUGAAGGAAGCAGUGCUAAUUAUAGUCUGCGCACAGCCAUUUACAGGUGACUUUUGGUGUCUUUCGUAUAAAUUAUACAUGGUCACAUUUAACGAUGGGUAUUACCCUUACGAAAGAAUUUCUGUUGGUUUGAUGCCUACGUCGUUUGCAACUUUCAAGUGUACGGAAAAGAUGUUGAUGGAUUUGUGCCAACUGAAAAAAUCCAUAAAUCUUUCUUUGAGGUUGGAAAGCACCAAUGCUGCCAUCCUUUUUCAGGGGUUAGCUCAUUCGGCAGAUGAGCUGUUACACACUCCUUAG